AUGCGAAAAAGAUCCAAUGCCACUAAAAGCACUCCAGAUCCUCAAUACCAACUCUCGAAGAGAGAUGUGAUGGGCCGGACGGUCUUGCAUCUCGCGAUACUAUGCAAUGAACCUGACACUCUCCGGAGCCUUUUAGCGAAUCCGGAGCUGAAAGACCUACUUAUGGCAGUCGAUUAUGAGAACGGCUGGAACAUACUCCAUUAUAUCUAUUUCUACAAAAGAGUUCAAUGUCUCAAUGUUCUUAUGGAGCAUUUGGAUUCGAAGCCGCUCUCCCAUUCAAUAUUCAUGGACUUGCUCAAGACUAAAGACCGUGGUCGCCACGCACCUCUCUCCCUAUUGGCGAACGACAUUAAAGAUUUGGCAUGGGUCCCGUCAUAUAUCAAUGAGAAGAAUGAGUACCAUUUGGUACAACGUUUUGAUACGCCGAAAAGGUCCGAGGACUCGGACUCCGUAGAGAAUAAAGUCGCCGAGUCGAAACUGCCCCAUAGGCUGAUUCCACACGAUUGGUGGUCUGACAGUCGAGGUGCCUCCGAUAUUUAUGUCUUUGGAGCCAAUGUCAAUAACAACCUUGGCGUUGGUGACUCUACUGAUCGAAUCACUCCCUCACAUUUGCUGCAUUUCGAGUUCAAAGAUGAAACAGACAAACUGUCUUCCUUACGUGAGAUCCUAAGAAGCCCGCGCUAUAAAAUAAUGCGCAUAUCUAAAUAUCAUUCGGUUAUUUUGACCAACGACGGCCGAAUCUACACAUGUGGUGUAGGUUCUCGGGGACGUUUAGGCCACGGAAACUCUUCGAACAUGUUUCGUUUCAAAAGGGUUCAAUUCCCUGAUCCAUUGGAGAGAUUUAAAGAUAUUGCAGUCACAAAUAAUCACAAUUUGGCUUUGUCGGUGGAAAAUGAUAUCUACUCUUGGGGCCACAACAACCUUAAUCAAUUGGGCUUCACAUCAACUGUAUCAAACACAUUCAGAAAAACCACGACUGAUGUUUACGAAAAUACUCCAAAAAUUGUGGCUGCGGGCGAUUUGAGGAAAAAUCAUUCUCCCUUCUUGGGUGUCGCCAUCUCAAAAGUGCAUUCUUUGGCCUACACCAGCAAUUCCGUUUAUUUUUGGGGACUAAAUAUUGGCCAAAUGGGUCUUGAAUUGACUGAAACUUCGGUUGAUCACACUAUCAAUGGAAUCGUGUAUAAGGGCCAAAUCGUCUCCCAGCCUAGGGAAGUUUCUUUUCGAGAUAAAAUCAAGUUUGUGGUCACCUGUGAGACCUGCACUUGUAUCGUUACAGAAUCUAACGAUAUUCAUAUCUACUAUAUGGGACAACGUGUUAAGCUUCCCAAAUUACCUACAAGAGUGGACACUGCUUCGCAGUUCGACUCCUUCAAACCUUCAAAGCUUACGUCACCCGCAGUUAUCAAAAAAAUCGCAAUGAAGUCCCAUGAGAAUGUGCAUAUUUUACUCGAGAACGGAAAUGUCAUGUCAUUCCAACUAGGUUCAACAGAUCUCAAAACUCUCCGAGGCACAAAGUAUUCAUUUCUAUGGCUUGCCCACGAUAUUGACAUGUAUGCAGUGGACAUUGAUAAUUCAUACGAUGGUUCAGUGAUUGUAAGCACGCGAAAUGGAUCCGUGUUUGCGAAGUGCAAUCAGUCAACGACGCUAGUGAGAAAAAGUUCUACUGGGUCGUCUACACUCCCUGCGUUUCAAGCUUCGACAAAGAAUAAGUUCAGAAAGAUAGAAAACAUCAAUAGAGCUCUCAAAGUUGUAUGUGAUGACUCCUUUUCUUCAUUUGCAGUUUUGCGCGACGAAAUCGAUCCCAUCCCAUUCAAACUCCAAAAAAACGAAUUUAGGAACGAUAUGGCCUAUUUGAGUCCCUUGAGCUAUCCAAGUGCUUAUAGAAAGCAGGAUGAAAUGCUCUACAAUGAUCAUUAUGAGAGUUGUUACAUUGCCAACUUCAUGCACCCACAUUUGAUGGUUGAGUCAAGUGUGUCCACACAUGUCUUGAAAUCUACAUUAAAUCAUGAGUCCAGCGAUUCUGUUGUUGACACGUCCAAAGAUUUCCUACGAUCGUCUCAGGUGCUUAGAUUUUCACGCGAGAUCAAAAAGCCUUCCCUUCGUGUUAUGUAUCUGGAUCUUGCAGACAGUGACUUGUCGAUACAGUUGGAUAGCUUAAGCCCAAAAUUUGUUGCAAAUCAAUUUUCUCAAACCUCUGAUAAUGGUGACAGAAAGUUCUGUGACUGUUUUGUUACGAUCGUCAAUAGAGAAGGUCUCAGAAUCCCCUUUCAUUUUGAGAUUAUGCGAUCAAGGUCUAGGCUUUUUAGACAAAUCCUGGAUGAAAACGAUAUUUAUUUUGUGCAUGAUGGAAUGAAAGGUCGUUUCGACCAAAAUACUCGAGAGCUUCAUUUUGAGACUGAUGUCAAUGAAUUUAGUGUCUUAAUAUGGCUUCACUAUGUAUAUACCAAUCAUGUUGUUGAACUAUGGGCCGGUGAAGCUUCAAAGAGUCAUGAUGAUACAGUUUUGAAGCUGAUAAAGAAUGAUUUUCAUAAACUUGUGGCCGCAUUCAAGAUGGAUCAGUUCCACUGCAAUGAUGAGCAGUAUCUCUCAGAGAUUCAGAGCAUGAUGAACAAUCAAGCCGAAAUUGGAGGUACUCAAAUCAUCCUAUCGAACCAUGCUGUCAUUUCCUCUACAGCUUUAUUGGUGGCCAGGACGGCAUUCUUCGAAACUACUUUGUCAGGACGAUGGCUACUUGAUGGCCUGCCAGAUAAGUCGCUACAAAAAAGAAUCAUCGAUUUAGAUUAUAUUCUGCUGGAGCAAGCUGAAGUAGUCUUGAGGCAUGUACACGGUUGCAAUGACUUGGAUAUCUUCAAUAGUGUAAAGACUGUUGUGGAAACUAGCAAAGAUCCUGAGGAUUUUGUCUUGUUCCUCCUCGACAUGAUUGAGAUUUCGGACGAACUUCUUCUACUUCAAUUAAAGCAUGUAUGCGAAUUGGCGGUCUCUGAGUUUUUUACAUUGAACAACGUUCUAAUUCUUCUUGUCUAUUCGGAUCAGUACAAUGCCCAAAAACUAUUCAAGGCUUGUUGUUGGUACAUUUACAACAACUUAGAUAUUCUUUUGUUCGAUUCUCUGUUGAGAGAAUUGGACUCUCAACUUGUAACCCAAGUUGAGAAUGAAAUGCGUUUUUUUGACAACUGCAAACACAGGGACUUCGUUUUGAAACAUACCCGAAAUUUCCAGGUCAAUUCUUUGAUGGGAUGUGCAAUACGAGGUGAGGUCAACCAAUUUUUGGAGAACAGUAAUUCAUUCAAUGAGAUCUAUAUGAGUGACAGAAAGGGAUUUCUGAGCUUUCAAUUGCUUGUCGACUUGCGACAGGAAAUGCUACCUUCUAAAGAGCCUCGCAAAAAGCUGAACGCUCGUAGAUCAUCUCGAAAAGGUAGUUUCGAUACAGCCUUCAAAAACUUUGCAAUUUCGCGAGCCACUAAAAGCGAAGAUUCGGACAUCGCUGUGGUGGAUGAGGAAGAAUUUGAAAUUGUAAGUCAUCGCAAGCGAAAAGAUAAGUAUAAGGUGAUAUCCCUUGAGGAAUUAUCACCUUCAAGCUCGAAAUCUUUGAAGGAAGAUGCAAAAACUUGGCAAGUUGACAAAGUCACGGAAACGGUGAGCGUUCCAUCUCCUCCUCAAUCAAGCUCUUUAUAUGUUGGAGCAGAGGGUAGCUCACGCAAUGCCUCGUCAGGUUCGUUAGCUUCUAUUUCACCUGCGCUUGGUGAAAGCAUCGAGACAGUCAAGAAGCAAACCAAAAUCAAGUUCAGUUCAGCACUGAAAUUGUCGCAGAAACAAAGGAAAAAACUUGCUGAGGCCAAAGACAGAGAGUCUCAGACCGUAGAGACUGCUAAACCCUCGACCAGAGAUACUCCUAAAACGCCUUGGAAAGUCAAUGUUCCAUCUUCUUCCGAGACCAGCGCGGCGCCUUCGAACUUGACUAAUAUGCCGAUAUUGGGACAAGCGCUACCCGUGCAACCAAAAGCUAGACAACAGGAUAACACAAAGUGGACUGAUAGGGUCGUUGCAGCCCCAAUAAAAAAGACAUUACAGGAAGUUCAACAAGAGGAAGAAUUCGCAAAAUGGUGGGAAGAGGAAUCCAAACGAGUUCAGAUGGAAAUGAGUGGAACGCCAGGCUCGUGGAACGGUUCUACAAUUGCUCGCUCCAGUCAAGAAGGCAAUUCAACAAACCACUCAAUGGGCCGCCGUGGAGGUAGAGGCGGCGGAAAGGGAAGAAGAGGAGGUCGUCCUCCACAGUCUUCUUGA